CCGCCCUUACGGGAUGAUAAAAUAUCAGCCAAGGAGUCAGAUCUAUGCCAUUAUAGACAGUCUCCAAUCCCUACAAGCUUGAAAGCUUUCAAAUAACAUCAGGAAUUGUUAAAUUUGACUCAUCCACAGUCCUUCUUUCACCAGUGAAUUUCUAAACAGCCAAUUCAUGCCUGAACCGGCAGCCCUACGUCACUGCCAGCUCCUUUAGUGAUUAAACUGACUGUAAAUAUCAGCCAUCAUGUGCGCAGUUCUUUCUCUCAUUUCUUGACGCGUUAUCCUUCGCGACGCGUUGUAUCGUCUUUCUCUCUUUUUCUUUUUUUUUUCUCGCUCUCUCCCUCCUUCUUAUGCUUCCUUAACUAGCCAAAUAGUUGUCCUGCAUCUUCAAGAUGUGCGAGAACUGCUCUGCUCGAAGGCUUCAAGACACCAUGGGCACUCCCAUGGGUGCUCAUCAAAGGGCUCUCCGCAUCGUGGUUAUUGGCGCCGGUAUUUCGGGCAUUUUGGCAUCUAUUCGCUUCAGACAGCGAGUCCCCAAUGUGAGCGUUUGUGUGUACGAGAAGAACUCAGGGGUCGGUGGUACUUGGUUCAAGAACAAGUAUCCUGGCUGUAUGUCUGACCAUCCGUCCCACUCCUACCAGGCCAGCUUCGAGCCGAACCUGGAGUGGAGCCAUUUCUAUGCCUCUGCCGAUGAGAUCAAGAAGUACUGGGAGAAGGUUUUCUUCAAAUAUGGCUGUGAUGGAUCCUGCAGACUGGAGACCAAAGUCAUCUCGGCGAUCUGGAAUGAGGAGAAGGGACAGUGGCUACUGAAAGUUGCGGACCUCAAGAAAAACUCUCUGUUUGACGACGAGUGCCACCUCUUGAUUUCGGCCACUGGAAUGCUUGACGAUGCCAAAUGGCCUACCUUCCCUGGUCUGGGUGACUUCAAGGGGAAGGUGAUGCAUACUGCUGAAUGGGAUAAGUCGUACAGCUACCAGGGCAAGAAGGUGGCAGUGAUUGGAAAUGGCUCUAGUGGCUUGCAGAUUAUUCCUGCCCUCCUCCCCCAGGUCACUCACAUCGAUCAUUACAUCAAAGAUCCAGCUUGGGUUACCCCUACUCUGUAUAGAGAGACAAUUGAUAAUAGGGGCCCUCACCUGCAGAACUACAUCUUUGAUUCGGCGGACAUGCGCAGUUUUAAGCACAACCAGGGUUACUACGAGAGGUUCCGCAAUGGAAUCGAGCACGAAGUGCAAUCUAUGCACGCCUACACCGUCAACGGCACCACAGAGCAUAGAACUGCCCCUAUGACUUUCAUGGAGCACAUGGAGCGUGGCCUCCAGUAUAAGCCCGAGUUGCUCGCCAAGUUGAUUCCUGUAUUCCCUCCUCUGACUCGUCCGCUUACUCCUGCUCCGGGAUACCUGGAGGCUAUGACCAAAGACAAGGUGAAGGUGAUCACCAAGCCAAUCAAGAAGGUGGUCGAAAAAGGAAUCGUGACCGACGAUAAUGUGAUCCACGAGGUAGACCUUGUGGUCUGCGCCACUGGAUUUGAUACCUCGUUCAUUCCGAACAUCUAUAUGGUCGGCCGCAACAAUCAGACUCUUCGGGACAAAUGGCGGAAGUACCCAGAGACCUAUCUCGGCAUUAUGACUGACGGAUUCCCCAACUACUUCAUCGCUUUCGGACCCAACACUGGCCUCGCCACAGGCAACCAGCUUCUCUUGCUCGAACGGCAGAUCGACUACUUCACCUCUGCCGCGUUGAAGAUGCAGCGUGAUGAUAUCCGUGCCAUGGCCCCUCGUGCGGACAAGGUGCAGUCCUUCGUUACCCACUGCGAGCAGUAUUUCAAGGGCACUAUUUUCAAGGAGCGCUGCUCGAGUUGGUACAAAGCCCACACUGAGAAUGGACCUGUCAUCGGUCUCUGGCCCGGUUCCGGCUUGCACGCCGUCGAGGCUCUGAAGAACCCCCGCUGGGAAGACUUCAGCUACGAAUACAUCGACCCAGACAGCAUGAGCUGGCUUGGUAACGGCUGGACUCUCAACGAAACAAGAAAUGACAUCUCAAUUGACUAUCUCAGCCGGGACCAAAUCGACUACCCUAAUAAAUUGAAGGUUUUUCUUCCCCAGAACAGUGCUGAUUCCGAUUACGACGAGCAGAGAUCCGGGUGGCGUCCUCGCUACCAGAGUGACGACCCUCGUUGGGACGCGAUGAGUGCUGUUUAUGAGGGUCAAACCAGUAGCUUUGAAGAUUAAAGGGUACUUGCUGCUCGACACUCUGUCAGACUUCCAAGAGGAAGGCCACUGUCCACAAUUUGUGUAUUAAGCUUCAUUUCUAGUAUCUGAUCUGAUUCGCCAUAGCCUACUAGCUAGGUAGCCAUUCAAUCAAAUAAAGUUAUGUUAUCUGCAUUUCUGGACACUGUAUGUAGUGGUAAAUCGUAACUAUGCAGCCAAUUACCAACCUCUAUUCAACAGUCUAAACUUGAAACAGAGGAUAUUCCAUUAU